AUGCCGCGCAGCAAUCCAGUUAAAGUCGCCUGUCGUCUAUGUCAUGAACGGCGGGUCAAAUGUGACCGCAGUGAAGGCGUCGCGUGUUCCAACUGCCGGAACGCCCGGUGCCAAUGUGAGCUGAUUAUAUCUCGCCGUGGACGGAAACGAAAGCUUCCUCACCUACACACUGAAACAGACUCAAGCAGGGGUCUUUUAGAGACCUCUCACAAUGUGCCGUAUGAAGGAGUAACGAGUUCAAACCCACCUCUGGCCACUCAUUCCCGAGACAAUGGAGAUAAGCCACAACAAGAGCCAUGCUUCCCAGCUCUUGGACCAAGCGGCAAAACGCCAUAUGUUGGGGAUUCAUCUAAUCUCAAUUACUUGAUCCAACAGUUUGGAAAUCCCUUCGGGGGUACGACGGAUGUUAGCCCACUCCAGGACCGCCUCCAAGGGGCAAUGCUGGCCCGGUUGGGCAAGCCGACCCAGCAGGAGAUCGAAAGGCUUCACGUAUCUAGUAUUGAGCGUCUUAAUAACGAAGGCGCGUUUGAUCUCCCGUCACAAGAGACCAGCCAGGCCCUUCUCGACGCUUACUUCCAUUUUUCACUCGCUGCACUGCCUAUUCUGGAUAGGUCAAGAUUUCUUGCCAGUCUUGAGGAAGGCAAAUUUUCACACUUGCUCUUGAAUGCUAUUUACCUCGCUGCCACUAUAUAUUGUUCGGAUUCCGUCAUUGCUGAUGCCGGAUUUGUGUCCCGAUACGCUGCAAGCCUCACCUUUUACCAGAGAGCCAAAUCUCUUUAUGAUGCUGGAUAUGAAACAGAUGCCAUCGUGACGAUCCAGGCCACAUUCCUUAUGUGCUAUUGGUGGAAUGGUCUUCUAGAACACAAAGACCCUUGGUACUGGAUUGGUAUCUCUGUGGGAAUAGCACAGGCUUUGGGACUGCAUCAAACAAAGUCGUACAUCCGCCUCGAGGAGAAAGAUCGAAAAUUAUGGCGAAGAUUGUGGUGGAUGGUAUAUGCCAUGAACAUAAAUUUGUCUAUGCUUCUCGAUCGUCCUCCGCACGUACAAGGAAGACUUUGCAAUGUUCCCCCUCUGUCGGAAGCAGAUUUUGAACAAGCCUGUGGGUCUCAAGAGCCGGACCUCAAUGAAGCAAAUACCUUCGCGAUAAAUGCUGUGCAACUAGCUCGGACAGUGGAUCGCUUCUUCACUAUCAAAUUUGACGAAGAUAGUGGUCACUCCCAAGAUAUCUGCUUAGAGCAAAUUUCCUUGUGCUCUUCCUCCCUUCCGCCGGAAUUCAAGUCUUUGUCAACAAAUAGUAGCAAGUGGGCUAUAUUAACUCAUAUAUUAUACCAGGAAUACCGACUAAUUCUGCAUCGGAGCAACCCAAGGUUUUGUCUCAAUAUCGGGCCAGGCAGUCCAACAUUCGAGAUAUGCACGGAGAUCUCCCACAUGCUCAAAAUACUCAUGGCGAAAGAUCUUCUAUAUGAAGCCGCAGCUAGCAUAAUUGCGCCCGUUCUGUCGGUGCUUGCAAUCUAUAUCGUCAACAUCCUCAGAGGGGAUCCUGGUGUCCGGAUGAUUUCACAGCAUCGCGCCCGCUUCUGCAUGCUGAUACUUGACAAGGUGCAAGAUCGGUUCUCGGUAGUUGCAGCCUAUUAUCCAAUUUAUGAUUCCCUGCUUAGGCGACACGCUGCAGGUGGGCAGACACAGGACGAUGCACGGGUACCGGAGUGUCCAGGAACAGGAUCCUCGAUGCAGAACGGGCAUCGUCAACUUGAUAAUGAAAGCAAUCUUGGUGGUAUGGACUCCACUGGGGACUUGUUUGAUCAAGUCCCGCAAGAUGGCAUGGGCAUGGCGUUUCCUUUCUCAUUUCCGUUCGGAAACCUUUUCGAAGAUGUCUUUCUGAAUUCACCUUCUCAGCCUAUACCUUAUUGUGAAGAUGAUAUGUCUUAUCCUUAG